AUGUGGACUGUGGGAGGGAAGGACAGUGAUUUAACUAGUCUAGGACCUGAACUGUAUAGCCCACAUUCAAAACCUUUUAAUUUAUUUAGUCCUUCCAUCCUUCCUUCCUUCCUCAUUCCCCCAGCUUACCUGUGCAAUGGCAUGUUCCACAAGCACCUGCAGGACCUGUUCAUCCCGCUGGUGGUGCGCUACAUAGACCUUAUGGAAUCCUCCAUCGCACAGUCCAUCCACCGCGGAUUCGAGCAGGAAACCUGGCAGUCCGUCAAGUAAGCCCCCCCCCCCCCCCCCCCCCCCCCCCAAUGUAGUCAUUAGUUGCAUUCAGCUGUGCUAUUUAAAGCUCAUUGCUCUAAGUCUCAGAGAUGUGCUUUUACAUCACGAACGGUAGCAAGCCUAGAAUAUUUCUGUCCGCAUUUUUAUUUGAGCUACAUGUCUACAGAUGAGUGUGUGUAGUGUAGGCUAGAUAACAUCCACCGACAAGGCACAAAACCAGAUGGCGUCUGGAGCAUCAACACUCACCGGAAUCUCUCUGUUGUCUUUUGUCUCUGUCGCAUCUUUUUUUUGUCGUUGUUUGGUUUGGUUUGCCGUUCAUUUCUUUUCAGGACAAUAACCAACAACCUACCGAGCGUGCCUCUGCCCAAAGUCAAUCUCCCACAGAUGCCGAGCUUCUCAGCACCCUCCUGGAUGGGCCCGCUGUGUGACAGCACGUGUGUAUGGGCUGCGGCAAGAUCUAGUGGGGCGUUGUGGCAUGGACUGUGCUGUGGUUGUCUCUGUCAUUGUCAAACUUAUCCCCUUCAAGAACACUAUUUCACAUUCUAUUACUUCCCUUUGCCAAUGGUGUGCCAUUACCUAUUGAACUAGCUUAAUGCAUUUUGUAGAAGUGUGAAACUUGGAGAAAAGAUCAGCUCGAAAAUCAGCCCUCACAUUUAAAUUUCAAAGUUAAUAGUAAAACUAGUAUGUCUACUACUGAGGCUUUUAACUGCAAUUCAGACGGCCCAGAUAUUCCUGGGAUUGGUUGCCCCAUUUGAUGACCUCAAACUGAUACCUUCUUUGAGACCGAGAUAAAAGCAUGGUUGUUUUUGUUGUCUUGUGAGGGUUGUUGUGUUAUGUGGUGCAUGGUUCCGCAGCAUGGCACAUUUUGUGGCACAGCAGCUUCUCUUUUGUGAAAUGUAUGUUGUGGCUCCUCGAUCAGGAACGGCUGUGGCAUGUGUAGUUUUUUUGUGCACACAUCCAACAUAUUUUGGGUAUUUUUAUUGUAUAUUGGAUAGUAUCAGAGACACCUGUUUUGACACCUGUUUAUAACUGUGAUGUUACGGUAUGCUGGUCAAUUCUCAGCUCAACUAAGCACUGAGUUGUGAAGUGUGUCAUGCCUAAUGAAUGUUGAAUAAGAAAUGGUAUUCUUAUUUAUUUCAGCUUGCAAGGAAUUAAUUUACCUGAUAUUUUGUAAGUAGGCGUAGCCGUUUUAUAGAUUUCAGUGAAUAUGUUUUUUCGAAACCUCAAUGCUUGUCUUUGGGACUGUUAUGAAACAGUUUUCAGCGCUUGUCAAGUGACCAUUUUCUCCUCAAACCUUUGUCAUAAUUGAGCAGGCAUGAUCCCCCACAAGCAAGAUUAUUAAGGGCUUUCACACGUAUGAAAUUCGGUAUCCUGGUUCGGUUUCCUGGUGCGUUUGUGAGAAUUCUACAGAAUACGUUUUGCUUUCACAAGACCUGAAAAUAAAAAUGUCAGGGUCCGAUUAGCAAAUUCUACAUGAUGUUAGCGAGCUAGCUUGUUUACAACGGGCAAAAAAGUUCCACGCGACUCGCAAUACAAGGUGCCUUCUGAGGGCCCAGUAGAAACAGUGGAGACUCAACAAGGUGCCUUCUGAGGGCCCAGUAGAAACAGUGGAGACUCAACAAGGUGCCUUCUGAGGGCCAAGAAGAAUCAGUGGAGACUCAAACCACCCACCCACCUACCCUUGCCUCGCUCAAGAAAAAUAAAACUGGCACUUCGUUAGCGAGCACAGAUGGGCGUGGGGGAUCGUUCCAUUCCCCUGGGAGAGGGGACGCUCGGAGAAGAGAGCUCCUAAUUAGUCAUGAGGGGGGAAAUGAGCGAGCAUUUAAUUGCAACACGGAUUUCGCCCAAACAAUUUAUUCCCACUUGUGAAGGUAAGUCUUUUAAAGGCGAAGUGAGAAAAGUGAGGGAGUGAGUGUGCUUCACCACCCCCCACCCUCUCUCUCUCCCUUGCUCGCUCUGGUUUGCUGUACACUUGGAUGCUGGUUACAGCCACCGGUUACCAUGUGUGGCAGUGUAGACACCGGGGAGAAGGUGGCGAUGGAGAUCCCAUCUGUCUGUGUGCUCAGUCUCCUUAGUAACAGUCAGUCUGACAGCAGGGCGUGUUCAGUCACUGUAGAACAUGUUCAGGAACUUUUGGGUGUCUUAAGAACAUGUCAAAUGUAACUCUGACAUGUUAAACUGUGGACCAUGUAAAUUGUCGAACGUGUUUAGUUACUGAGCAAUAAUACAAGAAAACAUCAGCACCUCACUUAAAACGCUCGAACACAACACCCCAGACUUUGUAACUCAGUCUUCAUUUGUUCAUGUUUAACUGACAGAACUUCCUUGAAUCUUGGCAAAGUUAACCUUUGGCCUCUUCCCUCCCCAACCCCUAGUAACGGCUCAGCGACCUCAGAGGACCUCUUCUGGAAGUUGGACGCCCUCCAGAUGUUUGUCCUGGACCUGCACUGGCCUGAGCCAGAGUUUGCCAAACACCUGGAGCAGAGGCUGAAGCUCAUGGCCAGCGACAUGAUGGAGGCUUGCGUCAAAAGGUCAGAGGGCAGGAUGAGGUCACCACCUGGGAUGGGUUGGGGGUUAAGCGUUUACCCACCUCAUUUUUUACCACAGCAUUCCUGGUUUAUAACAGAGAUAUUACUGAGGAUAAUGAGGAGGAGGUUAGUGAUAUGGUUUUGAACAGUGUUUUCCAUAGCCCCCUAGGAAUUAACCAUUUUCAUAACACCUUUCAAUUGCCUUUUUAUACCCAAAGAACGAAAGCCGCCUUCGACUCCAAGAUGCAGAAGGCCAGCAAGUCAACGGACUUCCGGGUGUCGCUGUCGGUGUGCACCAUGUUCAACAUGCUAAUGGACGCCAAGAAGCAGUGCGCCAAACUCUGUGUGCUGGACUCCGGUCAAGAGGUACGACCGCGCUCAACCUCUAUUGUCUGUUCUUUGAUCACACAUUUCCAGCAAUGCAUGCAAAACCAUCACAAACUUGACUAA